UGUUUCGACAGGAGCCAUUUUACUUGCUGAUGUCCUACCCAGUCUUGCAAUGAAACUUACUAUGCCAUUCCUCUUAACACACAUCAGACUAAGGGUCUUAAUUGUCAUACUAUUAAGCAGUGCAAGUUUCUUGAUGGUUUCAUUCAGCACUGCACAAUGGCAAGCCUUUUUGGGGGUUGUAUUUGCUGCCAUUAGUGGUGGACUUGGAGAGGUUACAUUUUUGCAGUACUCUUCUCACUAUGAUAAGAAUGUAGUUUCUACUUGGUCGUCUGGUACAGGCGGAUCCGGACUGUUUGGCGCAUUAUCAUUUGCUGCCUUAACUACCGCCGGCCUUAGCGCUCGAAAAACUGUCCUCUUGAUGUUGGUAAUUCCUGCGUUGAUGGCAAUCACGUUUUUCUUUAUAUUAGACCAUGAGAAACGACGAGUUAAAACAAAUGACAGUGAUGCUGAUACCGAACCCCUGAUGGAGGAGAAUCAACCUAGUUUUAAGGGUCAUAUUGCUCCUAUAAGCAAGCGGUCCAAAUGUCGAAUGUUACCACGGAUGGCUCGUUUUAUUGUUCCUCUGGGAUCAGUUUAUCUGUUUGAAUAUUUUAUCAACCAAGGAGUGUUUGAAUUGAUAUAUUUUGAAAACAUAUGGUUGGAUCACCACAGCCAAUACAGAUGGCUUCAAGUGGAUUAUCAGCUCGGUGUUUUCCUAUCUCGUUCUUCCGUAAACUUAUUCCGAAUUAAUGCUGUUUGGUUCUUAGCUGUCUUGCAAUUUGUAAAUGUAAUCCUGCUGACGACAGAAGCUGUUUUCUUGUAUAUACCUUCCAUUUGGAUUGUCUUUACAAUAGUUUUUUGGGAAGGACUUCUGGCUGGAGCUGCCUAUGUAAAUACAUUUUACCGAGUGGCCUUCGAGACCAUUCCCCAAGAAAAAGCGUUUGCCAUGGGAAUCACUUCGCUCGCUGGAAGUGUCGGAGUUUCAACCGCCGGAGCUUUAGCUGUGCCUUUUCAUCAAUAUCUCUGUUCUUUGCCGAUAAUUCAUCGAACCAACAAAUGGUGAAUGAAAGGAUUUUCAUUUAUCCGGAAAUUUUAUUAGAUUUUGUCAUACCGCAAAAAUCUUUCACCCAGUAAUAAAAAUGCGUGACAAAAAUAUACCUGUCGAACGAGA